AGCGAACACAAAACAACGACAACCAAUGAAGCGAAUUUCGGGUGGUAGCACCAAUACUUCAUCUAGACGAUCCCUCACCCAAAGAUUGGGUAUCUUUGCCUUUGGAGUUAUAACUCUUCUUUUACUUGUUUCAAAUACAUUUGUUUAUACAGCAUUGGAAGAUAUCAAUUCCGUGAAUAAUAUCAAUAUUGUAGAACCUAAUAUGAAUACAUCUUUAUUUAAUAAUACAGACUACGCAACAAAAGAUGAAGUAGCAGUUCUUUCCUAUCAACUUUCUGUUCUUCAAGUUGUAGUUAUUGUAAAUUCAGCAAUUAUUGGAUUAUUAAUUUUACUUGUUGGAGCAUUGACUGGUAUUAAAUGUAUGGAAGAUUAUAAUCCAGACCCAACUGUUCGUAUGGAAGAUCCAUUCUGGCUCAAGAUGUUCAGUCUUUGCAAUUCAAUUAUUGAAAUGUUAUUAUGUCAAUGUUGCGCUUGUGCUAGACCAAAAGGAAAGGCUAUUAAUUUAUUCAAUGUUGAUAAAUGGAGAAUAUGGCAUAAGAGAGAUUUGGAUUUACAAAGAGGUAUUAUUGAAGAAGAAGCUCGUCUUACUCUAGAAGAAGAACUCAAAGCCUAAAAUCAAUUAUCAAAAGAUGACAAAAUUAAUAAAAACAUCUUAAAAACCAUU